UUCGGACAUAUGCUGACGUGUCAAUAACAAAACUCCAAGCAAUACAAAAACAUAGUUUCUACUGCUGCAAGAACAAGAACAGCAAUGUCUUCCCUUUCAUUAUCUCCUCCUCCAAUGCAACUGCUACAUCCCAUAUUUUCUAUUCCACAAUUACCCUUAUCCAAAUCCCAUAUUUACACCACCAUACCCUUCAUCUCCUCAAAACCAACCCAAUUUCUCAUCUUCUGUACUUCAGCUACAAAACGAGACGUAUGGACCAGAAACCGUAAAACGACACCGUCUUUUCUAGACCACAGCGUAGACAUGACGGAGCUCUUAACCUCCAUCAGCCAAACCCGAAACGAGCUUGAAUUAUACUCUCUGCUAUCGCCCUACAAAGAAAGACAGUUGUCGAUCCGUUUCGUGGUCUCGCUUAUCGCGCAAGAGCCGGAUUGGCAGCGGUCUUUAGCCAUUCUUGAUUGGAUUAAUGAGGUUGCGCGAUAUUCACCUUCUGUGUUCGCUUACAAUGUCGUUUUACGCAAUGUGCUUCGCGCGAAAAAAUGGGACCUUGCACACGGCCUGUUCGAUGAAAUGCGUCAAAGAGCUCUUGCCCCGGAUAGGUUUACUUAUUCUACGCUUAUUACUAAUUUUGGUAAAGCGGGGAUGUUUGAUGAGGCUCUGUUUUGGUUACAGCAGAUGGAGCAAGAUCGAGUUUCGGGUGAUCUUGUUUUGUAUAGUAAUUUGAUUGAACUUUCGAGGAAGCUGUGUGAUUAUUCAAAGGCGAUUUCGAUUUUUAUGAGGCUUAAGAGAAGUGGGAUUACGCCUGAUUUAGUUGCGUAUAAUUCUAUGAUCAAUGUGUUUGGUAAAGCUAGGUUGUUUAGAGAGGCGAGAUUGUUGGUUAAGGAGAUGAGAGAGGUUGGUGUUAUACCUGAUACGGUUAGUUAUUCAACGUUGUUGAGUGUUUAUGUUGAUAAUGAGAAGUUUGUUGAGGCGUUGUCUGUCUUCGCUGAGAUGAAUGAAGUUAAGUGUCCGCUUGAUUUAACGACGUGUAAUGUUAUGGUUGAUGUUUAUGGGCAGCUUGAUAUGGCUAAGGAAGCUGAUAGGUUGUUUUGGAGUAUGAGGAAGAUGGGGAUUGAACCGAAUGUUGUUAGUUACAAUACCCUUUUGAAGGUUUAUGGCGAGGCUGAACUUUUCGGGGAGGCUAUUCAUUUAUUUCGGUUGAUGCAGAGGAAAGAUAUUGAGCAAAAUGUUGUUACGUAUAAUACUAUGAUUAAGAUUUAUGGCAAGUCGCUUGAGCACGAAAAGGCUACAAAUCUUGUGCAAGAGAUGCAGAAGCGAGGAAUUGAACCGAAUGCUAUUACAUACUCGACAAUCAUUUCUAUUUGGGGUAAAGCCGGGAAAUUGGAUAGGGCAGCAAUGUUGUUUCAAAAGCUGAGGAGUUCAGGCGUUGAGAUUGAUCAAGUUCUUUAUCAAACAAUGAUUGUGGCGUACGAGAGAGCAGGUCUAGUUGCUCAUGCAAAACGUCUGCUUCAUGAGCUCAAAUGCCCAGAUAACAUACCUAGGGAGACUGCCAUCAAAAUUCUUGCUAGAGCUGGUCGGUUAGAAGAGGCCACAUGGGUAUUUCGUCAGGCUUUUGAUGUCGGAAAUGUGAAGGAUAUAUCCGUGUUUGGAUGCAUGAUUGAUCUUUUCUCAAGGAACAAAAGACCUGUAAACGUUGUCGAGGUUUUCGAGAAGAUGAGGGAAGCUGGAUUUUACCCUGAUUCUAACGUGAUUGCUCUCGUCCUGAAUGCCUACGGGAAAUUAAGGGAAUUUGAGAAGGCGGAUUCUGUAUAUCAAGAAAUGCUGGAAGAAGAGUGUGUUUUUCCAGAUGAAGUUCACUUUCAGAUGCUUAGCCUCUAUGGUGCAAGAAAAAACUUUGUAAUGGUGGAAUCUCUGUUUGAAAAGCUGGAUUCUGAUCCUAACAUUAACAAAAAAGAGUUGCAUCUUGUUGUUGCAAGCAUAUAUGACAGAGUGAAUAGGUUAAAUGACGCGUCCCGAAUAAUGAACAGGAUGAAUAAACAAGGAAUGUUGAGAUUAUAACCAGAUUUGAAGUUCUGAAUUUGUCUGGUUUUAUUGUAAAUUUUGCCAAUUGUUGUAGAUUAAAUACUUUGUUAUGCUCAUUAUUUAGUAAAUAUAUGCUACUUGAAGAUCCCAGUUUCCACCUUUCUGAGAAAUGAAGAUGGCAUUCAGGUUUCUGAUUUUA